AUGGGUCAGCAUCUCAGUGAGGAGACGAACAAAGUGGAAAUUGAUGUAGAAGAGCUCCAGGAGUGGUAUAAAAAAUUUGUGGUAGAAUGUCCUAGCGGAACUCUUUUUAUGCAUGAAUUUAAACGUUUUUUUGGUGUGCAAGACAACCAGGAGGCAGCAGACUAUGUGGAGCAUAUGUUCAGAGCCUUUGAUAAAAAUGGGGACAAUACUAUAGAUUUUCUAGAAUAUGUGGCAGCUCUAAAUCUAGUUUUACGAGGAAAACUUGAACAUAAAUUGAAGUGGACUUUCAAGGUUUAUGACAGAGAUGGAAAUGGCUGCAUAGACAAAACUGAGCUCCUAGAGAUAGUGGAGUCCAUCUACAAACUUAAAAAAGUCUGUCGCCAAGGUCAAGAUGAUCGAAUUCCCCUACUGUCCCCGGAACAAGUGGUAGACCGGAUAUUCCAAUUGGUGGAUGAAAAUGGAGAUGGCCAGCUAUCUCUGGAUGAGUUUAUAGAUGGGGCUCGCAAGGACAAGUGGGUGAUGAAAAUGCUCCAGAUGGAUGUCAGUCCUGGCAGCUGGAUCAACGAGCAAAGAAGGAAGAGUGCUUUGUUUUAAUGCUGAAUGGCUCAAGCACUUCCAAGAGAGCCGAAGAAUUCCAUUGCUGAUGGAACUUCUCAGUGAGGGAUGGGCAGUUAAGGCUUUGAAAGCAGGCAUUCACUGUGACGGAGACCAGUAGAGUGGAUUCUGGAUCAGAAAUUGUUGCAUAUUUACGUUUUUCUGAUUCACAACUGCUGCUAGGAGUUUUCAGAUGCCUAUGUUUUUCCACUGCACCGUGCAACAUGGCAACAUUGAUGGGAUACAUCAUUUCUAUGAGUAGAUACAUCUCGAUAAUGUGGGCUGCUGAAUUAUCUCUGUAUUGUCACCUCAAAACAAUCCAUCUAUUGGCACGACUGCUUAGGUUGGGGCUCAGCCUCCCUAAAGAGUUUCUGCUA